AUGCCGCGAGAACCUUUGCUGUCAAUGUCGCCAAAAGCCGCAGACUCAUGGAGUCUAUGGACGUCUUGCCGAGAGACGAAGUACCAGUCGACAGCCUCCAGUGCCUCGCAUACUGGAAUUUCAGCAUCCAAAGAAAACCAAGGUACAGAUCUCCAUGGGAAGUCUGUGCUGGACACAAAACUUGGGAAUCUUUUUCCAACACAAAGGCUGCAUGAGCUUCUCGAUGCCGAUUGCAUGCCAGAGGACAGCGUCGACACCCAGGACGAGGACCGCGUCAGAGACAGCGUGCCGUUGACCCCCUGCCCAACGGUGUGCACCAUGAGCACCUCGUCCAUGGCGUCCGGUGUGGGUUCCCUGCCCUAUUCGCUGUCAGACCUUGCGGACCUUGACGAGCCGCCAGAAAAGAGGCUUUCAGCUUUUUCGUCCUUUAAGAGCUAUCUCGAACAUACGUUGAAGCGAAGGUCUUGA